AUGACCAACCUACUAAAGCAGAUACAUCUGAGCCAACAACAAUAUCAACCCCCUUCACCACAACAUAGUCAACAAAUGGUUCCUCAGAGAAUAUGUGGAAUAUGCGCUGAUUCUAAUCAUUACACUGAUGAAUGUCCACAACUCCAACAUGAGGACAACACCGUGACAGCUACUCAUAAUUUCUAUGACCGCCCGAAUCAAGGAUACUAUCAACAAGGCGGCAACUAUAACCAAGGUGGGAACUUUAACCAAGGUUGGAGGGACAACUAUAAUAGAGGAGGCAGAGACAGCCAAGGAAAUCAGAGGUGGAAUAAUAACGACAAUCAGCAGAACCGGUAUCCACAGAACCCUACCUAUCAACAACAGAACCAGAUCUAG